UUCAGUCAGACGUCAAACUGUGAGGAUGAUAUUAGAGCCUCUUAUGUGCUUUGACGUAAACAGUGACACACAGAGACCCUGAAGCGUCACGCCACUUCCUGUCAGUCUCAUGCUGCUGUCUUAAAGAAACAUUCCCCUCAAACACAAAACAGACUCCAGGAAACGUGAUGUCAUAUCCAGGUGUUUCUGUUUAAUUGAUGUAACACAUCGACAGUAAACGUCAGGUGUUGAUGUCACUUCCUCAGAGUUGAAGACAAUAGCUGAAAAAUAAAUUAACUUUAGUGACUUUUGUCUCUGCGCUGAUGAUCGCUGUGGCCAGAGGCGAUAUGUUUUCAGGUUGUCCGUACAUACAUCCCUACGUCCUGUUCUCAUGAACACAAUAUCUCAAGAACUUCUCGAGGGAAUUUUUUAAAAUUUGACACAAACGUUCACUUUGACUUAAUGUUUUGGUGGUCGAAGGUCAAAGGUCAGUGUGACCUCCCUGAUCCAGCGCCGGUAUCAGAUCAGGGAGGCCAUUGAAAUAAGGAAGCGGGGCCCGGGGCCUAGGGACAAUGAACAGGGACAUGGGGGCAUACAUGCUCUCCCACACCUGGAGCAGCAUCCUGGAGAGGCGGCGGAUGGACAGCAGGUGGCGUCACGCCUCCCUAACAUCGGCUGAUUGACAGAUCAGCUGAUAAAGACGCGUCACAACCACCACCAAGUGACACUUCUGAGGAAGGCGGAAGUUUCCGCCGAAACAUGUCAAGAUAUGUAAUAUCCUAACAUGACUGAGACGAAAGAACACUAAAGUCAUGAAGCCAAAGGUGUUCAACUGCUGUGUAUAAAUCGCUCAGGUGAUCAGCGCUGCAUUCCAUGAGCCCGUAGAGCAGGUGCAUCAGUGACUUACGCCGGCCGAGCGGUCUACUUCCAGUUUAUUGCUCCCUUAAUUUAAAUUACUGGUCCAUCUGCGUCCCAACCCUUACCUAUGGUCAUGAGCUCUGGGUAGUGACUGAAAGAAUGAGGUCACAAGCGUGUGAAAUGAGUUUCCUCUGUACGGUGUCUGGGCUCAGCCUUAGAGAUAGGGGGAGGAGUCAGACAUCUGGAGGGAGCUCGGAGUAGAGCUGCUGCUCCUUCAUGUUGAGGUGGUUCAACAUCUGAUCAGGAUCCUCCUGGGUGCCUCCCAUUGGUGUUUUGGGCACGUCCCAUCUGGUCUGGGAACGCCUCGGGGUCCUCCAGGAGGAGCUGUGAAGAGGAACAUCGGGGAGCUUUGCUCAGCGUCCUGCCCCCGAGACCCAGCCCUGGAUUGGUAGACGAAAAUGGAUGGAUGGAUAAGAUGAUUUAAUCUUGUGGCUCUUCUAGACUUUAAAAUGUUAUCAAUUCAAAUGGAUCAAAUCCUGAGAGUGAAACGAGUCGUUCAACUGCAGUCACAAUGUAAGUCAAUGGGAGGAAGUCUUUUUGGGUUACAGAGCAUCAUGUGACGCGCCUGAAAGUUCUAACUCCCACUAGGAAAAUUGGCUUCAAAGCCUGGCACACUUCAGGGAAACAGUUUUAUGUUGUUGAAUACUCUGUGUCAGCAACCAAAGCGUCUGAACUGAGAAGACGCUGCACCCCCCAUGGUGUCUCACUGUCCUGCUGUCUUCUGCAUUUACCUUUUAGCAAGACUUUGUUUUAAAACUGAUUUAAAAAGCAACAACAGCAGAAUAACAAAACGUAUUUACAUAGAAAUAAAAUCAGGAGAAAUGAAAUAAUUGCAGAAACAUCAAAAAAUGGCAGUAAUACUGAAAUCACGCUAUGGAGCCGCCCUCAGUGUGACGGGCCUACAGAUGGACUGUAAACGUCUCUCUGGAUCUCAUAGAUUUGGACUUUAAUCUGUUUGUUGUGAAAUGAGUCGGUCACAAACUUCGUCGCUGAUCUCAGAGGAUCCAUCGCAGCUUUUUAAAAUGCAAACGCAAACCUCCCUCCUGCCGUCACUUCCUGACUGACGGAGCGGAGGUUCUUCUCCCCCCUGACCUCAGAGGUGAGUCUGCAGGUCGUCUCAUUAUCAGCAGGUAAAUAUUGUCACACUGACGUCAGAGCUGCUCUCAUAUAAACCCUUCAUGUCUCAGACUGAGACUCAGCAUCCAGAGGCGUCUCUCAGUGUCCCUCAGCGUCCCGCACGGUCCGAGUCCAUCAGCGCCAUGCUCAGCGGCAGGAUGCUGCUCCUCAGCGCCUCCUGCUGGCUGCUGGUUGUUUUGGGGAGCAGCAAGGAGCUGAUAGAGAAGCGAUCACCUGGAGACACUGCCAUCAAGACACAAGAGGAGGAGGAACUGACAUGGAUGGAAACUGUCAGAGACACUGGACUGGUGGGCGGAGUCAUACAACCACAGGGUGGACUGGUGGGAGGAGUCAUACAACCACAGGGUGGACUGAUCGAAGCUCUGCAGGAAGUUCUGGAGAAGUUAAAGAACAAACAGCUGCCGUCGUCAGAGAAGAAGCUCGGCUGGGUUCCUGCUUGUGAUGCAGGUGAGCAGUGUGCGGUGCGUAAAGGCUCGAGGAUCGGGAAGUUGUGUGGAUGUCCCGGAGGAACCGUCUGUAACUUCACUGUCCUCAAGUGCCUGUAGGAACUUCCUGUUUUUCUCAGCUACAAAAUAAAAGCGGCUUUUUUA